UGGGAAAUCGCGGAGCUUCUUGUGCUUCGAGGGUGUUUUAGCUUGGAUACCCUCGGGAGGAAUGUGCAGCAGAGGUGAGCAUCUCGCCAUGAUGAAGAGAGCGAACGAAUCGAAGAGCAAUAAUUCAACUUCGAGAAUCGGCGCCGAGGACUUCGCUCGUAAUUUGAUGCCUCCACUCCCCAAGAACCCGCGUUCCCUACAUUCUAUUCUCGGGAGCUCGGAGUCUGACGCGGAGGAAUCGGGAAGCAGAAUCCAGAAACGACUGCCUUACAAGUCGAUAUUCCGGUCGGAAUAUAAAGCGAAAAUAGUUGAGAAUUUUUCAAUGGCUCUCGAAGAUAACCGUCUCCAUGAGGCUCUCGGAUUUUUUGAAAGCAGAAAGAGGAUUCCGCCGGUGAAGUACGUCAAGAGUUCCGUACUGAUAAACGCACGCCUAGAUGAGGGACUCGGAGAGAUCGAGUUCGAAGCCUUCGGAACGAAGCUCGAAGAUACACUGAACACAUUGAGACGUGGAGAUCCAGUGCAAAUCUUUUUCAUUCAUCGCCAUUCAGCGAAGCAGCUGAUUUUCGUGCGGGCUGUGGAGCGUGACGAUCCUCUCUGUAGGUUGCACAAAAUGCACCUCGCUGCACAGGGUCCACUUUUUCCGCUGAAUACGAAUUUCGAUGGCGUAACAGGCGCAUAA